AUGGGUAUAAGACACAGGUAUCAUCCAGAAGAAGGAGAUAAUGGUAAGCUCUAUUUUAUCCCAGGCGAUUAUACAUUGUCAAAUGAUGAUAACAAAGCUUUAUGUCAAUGGUUAAUGGAGUUGAAAGUUCCAGAUGGGUACUCUGGAAAUUUAUCUCGAUGUGUGAAUGCUCCAGAGCGUAAUAUUUCUGGUAUGAAAACUCAUGAUUGUCAUGUGUUCUUAGAGAGAUUACUUCCGUUUGUGGCGCGAGAUUUAUUGCCCAAAGAUGCAAAAGUGGCCGGUCCAGUACAAUUCAGGUGGAUGUAUCCUGUGGAAAGGUAUUUGCAUAAGCUAAAGACUUAUGUUCGUAAUAAGGCUCAUCCAGAAGGGUCUAUUGCCGAAGGUGUCUUGGGAGAUGAGUGUUUAAUAUUUUGCUCUCGCUAUUUGCAUCGAGUUGAAACUAAGUUUAAUAAAAGAGAUAGAAAUGACGAUGGAGGUCAACCGUCAUAUGAUGCAUCUCCGUUAUCUAUUUUCUCAACACCUGGUCGAGCUUUGGGAAAGGUAGAACAUAAGAACGUUCUAAUCCAGUCUAGUGUUGAUAAUGUGGAGGAGUCACAUAGGCUUCAAUUUUCAAACUGGAUUUCUAAAAGGGUCACAGAACUAUACAACGAUGGUAAAGUUAGUAAGCAAAUGCUUUCUUUGGCUCGAGGUCCUGAAAGGCGAGUAACUUAUUAUCCUGGUUAUUAUAUUAGUGGUUUUAGAUUUCAUACAUUGCAGCGUGAUGAGAAUAAAAAAACACAAAAUAGUGGAGUUAUGGUUAAGGGGGAGAAUCAGAUUGACGAUGUGCCUUGGUAUGGAACCUUAGUAGAUAUUGUUGAACUCCGUUACACAGAAGGAAAUAGAGUUGUAUUGUUCAAUUGUGAUUGGUAUGACAUGGCACGAAAAGGAACAGGUUACAAGAUAGAUCGUUAUGGAAUAAUCACUGUUAAUACAACACGCAAGCUAAAUACUCAAGAGCCAUUCGUACUAGCAAGCCAAGCAACCCAAGUUUUUUAUGUGAAGGGGGUUAGAAAUAAAAUUUGGAGUUUUGUCGUGGAAACAAAUCCAAGAAAUGCUUAUGAGACGACUAAUGAUGAGAUUGAGCCAUACCAAGAAGCAGAGACUCAAAUUCAAAGCAUGCAUGCCAUCCAAAAUGAUGUUGAAGACAAUGAAAUUGAUUGA